AUGCACGUCAGCAAAGUUGGAUUGGAUGCUGCUGGCAAGACGACCAUUCUGUAUAAACUGAAGUUAGGGGAGAUAGUCACCACCAUUCCUACCAUUGGUUUUAAUGUGGAAACAGUAGAGUAUAAGAACAUUUGUUUCACAGUAUGGGAUGUUGGUGGUCAAGAUAAAAUUAGGCCUCUCUGGAGGCAUUACUUCCAGAAUACCCAGGGUCUUAUUUUUGUGGUAGAUAGCAAUGAUCGUGAAAGAAUUCAGGAAAGAGCCCAAGUACUGCAGAAAAUGCUUGAGGAAGAUGAGCUGCAAGAUGCAGUGCUGCUGCUUUUUGCAAACAAACAGGAUUUGUCAAAUGCUAUGGCUAUCAGCGAAAUGACAGAUAAAUUAGGCCUUCAGUCUCUCCGUAACAGAACAUGGUAUGUUCAAGCCACUUGUGCCACACAAGGAACUGAUCUGUAUGAGGGACUUGAUUGGCUGUCAAACGAGCUUUCAAAACGUUAAGUGAAACUGGAUAUCUAACCAAGGACACAUUUUGAUAGAAUUGGUCUAGGCUUGUUACAACAAAAUUAGUUUGCAUCUUGGUUAUUAAACUGUAUCUGGGACUGGUUUGGGCAGAAUAUUACAGCGUUUAAACUUAUUGUGUUGCCAAUUAUUGUUUACCAAGUAUAAUGUUGUUCUUUAGCAAUAUGCUUGGUUUUGAAGAAAUUCUUGGGGAAAAAAGUAUCCUCUUUUAAUUUUGACUUUCUUUAAACCUAAAAAUGCCUGGACAUAGCUAUUGUGACACCUUUAAAUAAAUCAGUUUUGAAUGUUUUUUUUUGAGCCCACAACAAAUAAUGUUUAAAAGUUAUCCCCUUGCUACUUUACUGAUACCUGUAUCAUUCCUGGGACAGUCUGCUGAUUUGAACAUGUAGCAUUCCAUUUGUAUUUAUUUCUAUCCCUUGCCAAAAAGAUUUUCUAAUACUGCUUGUACCAGCCAGGGAAAUGCUCCAAAACACUAUUCAGCUCUCUUGCACUGAGGAACUUGACUCCUGGCUUCCAUCAGCCAAACUUCACCUUGGUGUGGUUUGGAUUUGAUAGCUAAUUCUGUGCUGGUUGCAAAGAGUUCAUAUUGAGAUGGCUUUUAAUAAUCAGCAGAUUGUCUUUCUUUAUAUUAUUAUCUUCUUUAUGUUGCAUGUUGCUUUUGGUAUCAGCCUGACUCUUUGCCCAGUAUAUGAUAGUUCUGCUGGUGUUUUGUUUAUUGAUGAACAUGUCUUCAUUAAGAGUUUUUUGAAAAUUCAGCAAACACAAUAAGUUUUCUUCAUAAUCCAUUUGAAAUUAUUCCUAAUAAAAUGAUAAAAUA